AGCUGACAGAGAGAGAGAGAGAGAGAGAGAGAGAGAGAGAGAAUAGAACAGUUCAAGCGUGCAGAUAUUCCUGUCUGACUCACCAAACAUCAGCCUGCAUGGCAUAACCUCAAUCUGACUGAGAGCAUAGGAGGGAAUAGUUACUAGUUGUGUGAGUCAGAGAGGACGAAAUAGGGCCGUUUGGACCAGCAGCAUCAUCAUGUCAUCCAAUGAGCUGAGUGCUCCUGAAUUGGACCCUUGCAUUCGCACCUUCAAGGAACACAUGCAUUUGGAACUGGAGCCACCGAGACUAGGUACUGGCAACAAGCUCAUGACCUCCCCCAAAAUAUCUCCUCGUAGCUCCCCGCGCCUCUUCCGCAAGCUCAUGGUCAACAAGGGCAGCCGCCACAGACGGCGAUUCACUGUUGCGCACACCUGUUUUGAUGUGGAAAAUGGCCCGUCUGCAAGCUGUAGUCCUUUGGACACCCAGGCCUCCCCAGGUUCUGGUCUGGUUCUGCACACAAACUUCCCUGGCCACAACCAGCGGCGAGAGUCCUUCCUCUACCGCUCGGACAGUGACUAUGACCUCUCACCCAAGUCAAUGUCUCGCAAUUCAUCUAUCGCCUCCGAACUGCAUGGGGAUGACCUGAUAGUUACGCCUUUUGCUCAGGUUCUUGCAAGCCUUCGAAGUGUCAGAAACAAUUUUACUGUCUUGACCAAUGUUCAGUGCGCAUCUAACAAGAGGUCCCCUGUGUCUAACCAACCCCCCAUCACCAGAAUGUGCCUACCUGACGAGUCCUACCAGAAGCUGGCCGUGGAAACCAUGGAGGAGCUGGACUGGUGUUUGGAUCAGCUGGAAACCAUCCAGACGUACCGCUCCGUCAGCGACAUGGCCUCCAACAAGUUCAAGAGAAUGUUGAACAGGGAGCUGACGCACCUCUCUGAGAUGAGUAGAUCUGGCAACCAGGUGUCGGAGUUCAUCUCCAACACCUUCCUAGAAAAACAGAAUGAGAUGGAGAUUCCCUCGCCUACACCAAAAGCCCGGGAGAAAAAGAAAAAGCAGUUGAUGACUCAGAUCAGUGGUGUAAAGAAGGUCUCCCACGGGCCUAGCCUCAACUGCGGCAUUGCUCGAUUUGGCGUCAAAACUGACAAAGAGGAUCUACUGUCAAAGGAAUUAGAAGACCUGAACAAAUGGGGCCUGAACAUCUUUACUGUUUCAGAGUAUUCAAACAAUCGGCCUCUCACCUGCAUUAUGUACGCAAUUUUCCAGGAACGAGACUUGCUUAAGACAUUUAAAAUACCGGCUGAUACAUUUGUAAUGUAUAUGAUGACCCUGGAGGAUCACUACCACCAAGAUGUGUCCUAUCACAACAGUCUUCAUGCUGCUGAUGUAGCCCAGUCAACUCACAUUCUGCUGUCCACACCUGCAUUAGAUGCUGUCUUCACUGAUCUUGAGAUCCUGGCUGCCAUUUUUGCUGCAGCCAUCCAUGAUGUGGACCAUCCAGGUGUUUCAAACCAGUUUCUCAUCAAUACAAAUUCCGAGCUAGCACUCAUGUAUAAUGAUGAGUCGGUUUUGGAGAACCACCACUUAGCCGUGGGUUUCAAACUUCUCCAGGAGGAGAACUGUGACAUCUUCCAGAACCUCACCAAGAAACAGAGGCAAUCCCUCCGAAAAAUGGUCAUUGACAUGGUACUGGCCACAGACAUGUCUAAGCACAUGAGCUUAUUGGCUGAUCUGAAGACAAUGGUAGAGACAAAGAAAGUGACCAGCUCAGGAGUGCUGCUUUUGGACAAUUACACAGAUAGGAUACAGGUUCUGAGGAAUAUGGUUCACUGUGCCGACCUGAGCAAUCCCACCAAGUCUCUAGAACUGUACCGCCAAUGGACUGACCGUAUCAUGGAUGAGUUCUUUCACCAGGGCGACAGAGAGAGGGAACGUGGCAUGGAGAUCAGUCCCAUGUGCGAUAAACACACGGCUUCAGUUGAGAAAUCACAGGUGGGAUUUAUUGACUACAUCGUUCACCCGCUGUGGGAAACCUGGGCUGACUUGGUGCAUCCGGAUGCCCAGGAUAUCCUGGACACACUGGAGGAUAAUCGGAACUGGUACCAGAGCAUGAUUCCUCAGAGCCCUUCACCACCAUUCUACCAGCCCGACAAGGAGGGCAACGGUGGGGGAUCAGGGCCCGACAAGUUUCAGUUUGAGCUCACGUUAGAGGAGGAGGACUCAGAGGGCACGGAAAAAGAUGAACAGAGCCAGGAAGAUGAGGAAGAGGAAGCAGAAGAUGAAGACAUAGCAGACGAAAUGGAAUCAUCCACUACACUCAUCCAGAUAGUUACCGAAGACACCUCACCGGUCGACACAUAGGACCUUGUUGUCCAUCACUAGGUGGAAGCUGUUUUUUCCCUUGCGAGAGUAGCAAUCUUGCAGUUGAUGCUUUUUUAAAUAAAAAAAAAAAGCCCACAUGGGAUGCUUUUAGGCCCUCGUGGGAGGAGGAUGUCUUGCCCUCCUUGCACUUGCGUUUGGAGACGGUUUGGUAGGAGCUCUCAGGAAAUAAAUGCUGCAGACAUUUUGGACCUGAUAGACUGACAGGCGACUUUGAUAAACAUGAAGGAUUGGGGCCAACAUUGACCAUUUGUUCGUAUGUUUACCAGGCAUUGAGGACUAGACACUACUGAGAGGAUUUUCUUUUUUUUUUUUUUUUUACAAACACAGAUUUUUUGUAAAUCUAUAGGUGUGUUAUGGGGUAAAACAUGAACUACUGAAGAACAAGUAUUUGUAAAGAAAGAGAAACUGUUUACUUUUCUGUACCAUUUGUCUAAAGACUGUGUGCCUUUUUGCUAUUGACUUUUUAAUAGUCUUUUAUUUAUUGAACACGUUUUAGUAUAACUGUAUGUUGAGAUGUCUUUGUUUUCUAAAGCAACCAGACAGAACCUGCAGAGUUGUUUUAUAACUAAGAUGGAGAGAGACCUCAGUGUCUUCCUUUGUUUGGCAAUAUAACUUCAUCCAAACAUAUGACAAAUCAUCAGAAAACGAUGAAAUGUUUAUUCUGAUGAAACAGGCACUUUCUGUUUAAUCUGUACAGUUUUGUCAAACUUUUUAACUAUGAGCACAAACUCUGUUUCUUUAAGAAAAUAACUAUACAUCAUAACAUCCACAUUUGGGUAAGAAUUCUUUAUUAGGCAAAUAUAUUGUUGACAAUUGUUGCACAAAAAGCUUUAAAUGCCCUCAGAUGUAAAGACCCUGACCUCCAUUUAUUUAGUUUGAUCUUUAGAUUAUAUUACAAAAAAACAAAUCCAAUUCCAUGUUAAUCAAAUCACAAGGGGUCUCAUAAUUACCUGAGAUCACAGGGGAAGCCAAAGCUAUAUUUGCAUACAAAUGUAGUUGCUUUCAAAUUGUCUUCCUUCAACAAUAUACAUUACUAUUCCUCCCAUAUCACAACCCAUACCUCACCAACACAAGAAAAGAAAAACAGAUUUAGAGCAAUCUAACUAGCAUUUUAACCCUUGACAUUUAUUGGCACAUUGGUACAAGCACAUUUGAGAAAAUGUUCCCUCUACCCUUCUUAGAUUGGGUCACUUUAAAUAAAAGGUUAAAAAAUAAAACAAAUAAUUGGCGUAAAUGGAUUUGAACUCUAUUCUCAUCUCAAACUAUAUAUCGAGAUCUGAUUGUAAGAUAUUGUGAGGGGAAUCUGCAUGUAUCUGCUCCAGAUCUAAAAACUUAAAUAUAUGAACAGAACUUUUGCUAGUACUGCAAUAAUUAUCCUCAGCCGAUUUCAACAUGCCAGUUGAGUAAUGAAUUUCAUGGCAUUGACAUUCAUACUUGUGUCUCAUACAUUUUUUUCGUUUGUGUGUAGUCCAUGCUUUGAGGUACUUUAACUACCUUAUGCUCAAAGUCUCGCCAGUGGAAAAAGUUAAUGGCCAAAGUAGCAUGCAAAAGUAUGUUUGUGCGCACAUAUGUACAUGUCUACACAAAACUGUGUGUGUGUUUGUGUGGGUGCAGGUUUCGGUGGUUUAUGAGGAUAUUGUUUCAGUUAAAAACUGGUAAUUACAUGGGUGAUAUGCUGUAAAUGUGGUUUAUGAGGACAUUUGUAGUGUCCCCAUAAAUCAUAUUGCUAAACGUUGUUUUUUUUUUUUAUGGAAAAAUGCAGAAAGUUUUUUGUCAGGGUUAAAUUUAGGGGUAGGGUUAGGGGAUCGAAUCUAUAGUUCGUAUAGUAUAAAACCAUUAUGUCUAUGGAGAGUCCUCAUAAGGAUAGCCACACCAAUGUGUGUGUGUGUGUGUGUGUGUGUGUCUCUGCUCAAUCACCAGCCCACGCUUUUUAUGACUCCUUACAUUGACGUUGUUUAUAUGCGCUCAAAUCGGUCCUCUGCUGUUUAUAACAGUGUAUUUAUUACCGUUAACUGUACAUAAGAAUGAAUGUUUCUUUGUACAUUUUUUUAUUUAUAUGCACUUGCAUUACCGAACAUUGGUGGUGUUUCUUGUGUAGUGGGCUCUUGGACUGAGCCUGUUUUAUUUAGUAAUAUUGUUUAUGUUUUAAUAUAAUUAAAUAUAUAUUAUAUAUACUAUGUAUGAAUAUAUUGCACAAUUUUCAACUGCCCAGAACAGUAGCCUAUGAGACAUGCAACCCAUUGAUAAUGGGGAGAGUCUGUAGAUAAGACAUAAAUACAUACUGUAGACAUCUGUCAGAUAUUAGAAGCUUUGUAUAUCACUGUUUGGUGUAACAUCGAUAAGUCGAUAUCUCACAAGAUUCUCCACAGAAUGUGGCCCUCAAAUAUAUACAACAUUUUGAAUGGAGAUUGCUAAAAAUGGGUCAGAUGUUUUACACAAAUGCCUGUGAUUACACAUAUUCUGUGUUAAAUUUACAGGGGAGGAAUUGGUCACAAACAUCACAAUCUCUGAACAACAAUGUGAAAUCGAUAUAAUUACGUGAUCUUCUGUAAUUAUUUGUGCUAAUGUGAACUAUUUUUCUAACCUUGUUAGCAGUUUUGAAAUUCAAAUUGUCAGUAUAACUUUGUUAAUCUAUGUUUGAGAUAUUUUGGUCCGAUUGAGUCCAAAAAGGAUUCAACAGAAUUAGUGCUAUCUGCAUGAGGGAUGAGUUUUUAAUCGUCUGGUAAUCCCACAUUGUUGCAGGUGAAUAUUCAAUGUUUCACACAAUGUAUGUUAAUAAUAUUGUAUAUUGUGUUCAAUAAAAUCUGAAGCUACUUUUCUAUAAAGUGAUUAAAGACAAA